GGGAUACUAGAUCUACAUUACAGAUACAAACUGUGGUGACAAGUAUAAAGUUACCACUAGUAAACACUUCCAUUCAACUUUGAAUACACCGUAGCUAUUAGACUACCUUGGCAUAUGCUCUUUGCCUGACAGUCCACAGUAUGGUGAAAGUGCAAUCCUGGCUCUGUAGACGUUCAGCCAACCAGACUAGCUAGAUCAACGUGCUGGAUUGCAGGAGGCCCUGAAUACUUUUAGGGUACGGCAUGGUGCACGCAAGGCCCACACCUGCUUCCAUCCUCGUUUCGGCCUUACCUGUACCGGUACCCCGGUACUGGAGCAUGGGUUCAACCUUGAUUCAAGGCGAGGAACCUGGAGUCGAGUCCACAUCCACUUUACUAUAUGCAAAAGCCGCAGUGGUCGCUACGAGUAGUGUUGUAUGCAUGUCCCCUGUCAACCUGAAGAUACGAGGAGAAAGCUACACGUACCGGUACUGCAGUACAGCUCCAAAAAUGGUCCACUAAUAACAAAUACCCAACUGUGCCGGUACGGUACGUUACUCUACAGCAGAAUUUGCUAGAGAGUUGGCACCAGCUGUAUUAGUUUCGUUGACGCCGACCAUUUAGGCACGGAAUGGCACAACAUUGGUCCUGUCUCGUCGGCCCGUUCCAAUCUCUGACAAUAUUGGUUCCACGGACACAUUUUCCGCCCUGAUCGCCUCAAAUUGUUGAGCCAGCCACAUGGUCGGUUGUCGUUGGCGUUGACUAACUCAUUGAGACUUGCUGUAUUGAAUGGUUCAACAACUGACACCACUAAACACAAACAUACGUCUGGCCGUCAGCUCUAAACAUUAACGCACUCUGCAUGAUUUUGUAAGGUUGGGGCAGAAGGACAGACUUAAUUCAGUCAUGUUUCUCAAUACUUCAUGUUCUCCGUGGGUCUCACAUUUUUGAAAAUCAAGGUCAAGCAAACAGCUCUCUUUCUCACUCUCUUUUGUUGAGUCUUUGGUUACUUGAAACAGUCACACCAUUCUCCUUCAUAAAGUCGUCCGUUCUUGUAUGCAUAAACUGCAGUUGCCUCUUUCCCUGUCACGAUGAGUUCGAGUAUGUUUACCACGUCGACCCCGACUGCUACUGAGGUUGUGGGGUCCUUCAAUGCCGGUAGGACUGGUCCUCCCAAUGGCAGCGGCAGCUUUGAUGGAUCCAACGAUGAAGCGCUGGCCAGUUUCACUCCAGAGUUUUCGCUCAUGGAGAAUCGAAGUCUGAAUGACGACAAUCAUUCUAUCGGUCUCACAUCCUCCGCCGAUCGCUUCAACCGUGGGACCAUCGGCUCUUCUCCAACAAAGAAAACAUGCAUGCCAGGAGGUUUCUUUUGGAGAAGCAAGGCCAGUCGCAAGGUCAUGAGUCAGGAUGUGGCCAGUGUGGGUGGUGCCAGCGAAGCCAUGAUUAGUGUGUCUUCCAAGCUUCGCAUGAGUGGCCGAGACUUGCAUGAAGCUGCCAAGGCGAGUUUGAAUGCUGGAGAGUACGCCAAGAGCCUUUCCUUUUUUGACUCGCUUCGAGAAGCUCAAGUGCAGCGAUUUGGACACAUGCACCCUUCGGUUGGUGCCGCAAUUCACAACGUUGCCGUAGUACAUCUUCGAAUGGGAAACAAUGAAAAGGCAGAGAAACUGUUUGCGGAAGCAGUGGCAAUUCGCAAAGAAACGCUUUCGUCUGAUUCACUUGAAGUGGCUGCUUCUCUCAGCAAACUGGGCUCCACGCGGGUGGCUUUGAAGAAGUUCGACGAAGCACUUUCUGAUUUGAGAGAGGCGACUAGGAUUGCUCGUUACAAGGCUGGAACCAAUAGCAAGCUCGGAGCUCAGACUCUUUGCAACAUGGCCUACCUUUACUUUCAGUCCGGAGAGCUGCUGGCUGCUGAGGCCACCUUUCGCGAUGCUUUAGACAUUUACCGUGCGGUUUGGUCCUCUGACGCAGAUAGAGACUCUUGCAUGGCUCAAUUGACCGAUUGCCUCUGCAACAUUGGAAGCAUCGAGAACAAGCGCAAAAGGUAUUCUCAAGCGAUUUCUUCCUUCAAUGAGGCCCUCGACCUCCAACGAGGUGUCAUGGGAAGCGAUCAUCCUCGGGUCAUUGCCACCCUCGACAACCUUGCCUUUAGCUAUUCCAAAAACAGGGACUACACCGCAGCGCUCAGUUGCUACAAGGAAAUGCAGGCGGCACAAGUGUCCCACUACAAUAUCUUCUCGGAGGCAUGCUGUGAGACGCUUCGCAAGCAAAACCUGAUGUACGAGAAGUUGAAGAACCUGAAUGGUGCAAUGGAGACCACCCAGGAGGCGCUUCUCUUGCAAAAGACCAUGCUUCCUCCGGAUAGCCCAGUUGUUAUCCAAACCAAAGAAAUGCUGGAGUCAAUACAAAAGAAGAUGGGAAGGCAAAGCAGUUCCCGGAAUCUUCGCCACAUUUAGCUUGUGAUUGCUUUCGGAUAGGUCGUAGUGGCCUCACCUCUAGAAGUCUAUCCUGUAGGUAGAUUGAUUAGAUUCAUUCUUGCAAACUUAAAAACUAUGUGAAACCUAUGACACCCAUAACCACAGCUAGCUAGCCAGAUAGGUAGGCAGGCAAGCAAAAUAUGCGAUUGAACAGCACCGCCAUGGAGCAACUAACGAAAUUCAAUAAUCACCGAUCACAUCAAAUUGGGUAAAUGUACACUGCUUGUCAUAAUCACACCUGAAUACUGAGUCCACACCAGUAGCCUCCUUAAUCAUCAGAAUCGAAACUGUCUCCUCCUCCUCUUCAAUCCGAGCUCGAGAGCCUAGCUAGAUACAUGUAGUAACUAACUACUUUUGUGG